ACAUCGAAAAAGCUUCACGGAACAUGCCACGACCAUCGUCCAGUCUUUACCCACGGCGAUGUGUUGCCUUCGGUCUACGGAUCGAUCCGUUCUGGAGAAUAAAUCACUCCUUGAUAGGAAGUUCGCCUCUCGUUGGGUCCUCUUCAGUGAGGGCGAUGAGGGGGGAAUGUCGAUGACGGGAUACAUACCUUUUCUUUAUUUUUAUUUUAUUUUUACUUUAAAAACACAAUUCGUAUUGAGUAUCAUGAAUGCAAUGUUUUCUUUCUGGAGUGAUGUCUUGAACUUUUCGCGUACCGUGGUUUUCUGUAGUGUCGAAUGGCCCCUCGGAAGGGUCACAUUCUUCCAUUCGUGGUCCCUAGACUUGGGAAUGAGCUCCUGCGAUCCUCAGCCCCUGUGGUAUGGCACUGACGGAAGCUCACAGGGAGAGACAAUUGGACCAUGGUUCGCGACCUGAGAGAACUAGAUCGGGUCUGUAUCAUCCCAAAGCUUGGAAUGCGCCCCGCCAUAACGGUGAAGAUCGUGAUCAGGCGUCGCUGGUGAUGUUUACUUGUCCCUGGGGCGUGAUCAUACAUUCUCCUGCUGAUUUGCAAGGCGCAACAAUGCCCGGGAUGUUUGUUUACUUCCUCCUGGUUCCGCUGUGGCAUGCCACUGGGGAAUAAGGA